AUAUUUUAAUUUUGUUUUUAAUCGACUAUAUAGUUUAAUCUUACAAUUUUCCUUAUCAUGUUUAGGUGGAGAGGUCUUGUCAGUUCAUCUGUAAACCUUAACUGUUUCAAACAGUCGAAUAUCAUUGUAAGACGAGUAUUAAGCAGUGCAAUAAUGAGUGACAAAUUCAAUUUACCGGCUCGUUACGGUACUGGCGAAAAAAGUGUUUGGGUUGAGUAUAUUCAACUAGCGGCAGAGUACAAACCUGCUGUGAACCUUGGACAAGGUUUCCCCGACUAUCAUGCACCUGACCAUGUCACAAAGGCUCUUGCCGAGAUAACAGUAGGCGAAAAUCCACUUCUCAAUCAGUACACGAGAGGAUUUGGUCAUCCACGUUUAGUUCAAAAUUUAGCUAAACUUUACUCACCGCUAAUUGGUAGAGAAUUAGACCCAUUAAAUGAAAUCAUAGUAACAAGUGGUGCAUAUGAGGCAUUAUUCUCUGCUAUUCUAGGUCAUGUGGAUGAAGGGGAUGAGGUAAUUGUAAUCGAACCAUUCUUCGAUUGCUAUGAAUUCAUGAUCAGAUCAGCUGGUGGUGUACCCAAGUUUAUACCUUUAACUCCUAAAUCUACUGAAGGACAAAUGACAUCAUCAGACUGGGUGCUUAACGAAAAUGAUCUGACUUCAUUAUUCAAUAGCCGCACCAAAAUGUUAAUACUAAACACCCCCCACAACCCCCUGGGUAAAGUUUUCACAGCACAGGAGUUGGAGACGAUAGCUAAUCUGUGCAAAAAGCACAAUGUUCUUUGUCUCUCCGAUGAAGUAUAUGAGUGGAUGGUGUAUAAACCACAUAAGCAUAUACGAAUAGCCACAUUGCCCGGUAUGUGGGAACGCACUAUUACAAUUGGUUCGGCUGGGAAGACCUUUUCCGUUACUGGGUGGAAAACUGGCUGGGCGUAUGGACCAGCUAACCUCAUGAGAAACCUACAAGUGGUACAUCAGAACUGCGUCUAUACGUGCUGUACACCUAUACAGGAAGCAGUAGCCCGAUCUUUCGAGAUUGAAAUGGCUCGGUACAACACACCGGACUGCUAUUUCUUCUCGCUUGCAAGGGAACUUGUAUCCAAAAGGGACUAUUUAGUUAAAGUGCUGAAAGAGAAUGGCUUCAACCCUACUAUUCCAGACGGAGGGUACUUUAUUAUUGCGGACUGGACUAAUCUUGAAAAGAAAAUUGAUCUAAAAUCAGAGCCAGACAAAUACAAGGACUACAGAUUUACAAAGAAGUUUGCGAAAGAGGCCGGAGUGCUUACAAUACCGCCUUCUGCUUUUUACUCAGAAGAACAUAAACAUCUCGGGGAGAAUUUUGCAAGAUUCUGCUUUAUUAAGAAAGACGAAAAUCUGGCGCUAACAGAAAAACUACUCAAGGAGUGGAAUGCUAAGAAGAAUUAAAUUCUUUAGUACAAAUUUUAUAUAAAACAAUUAGUAUAUUAAUUUAAUACUCAAUAUAAAUGAAAAUAUUCGUACGUACAUAUGUACACUACACGAAACGUGUUUAGGUACAUCUUGAGGCUAAUCAUUAAAUGAUUAGAUAUAUAAUAUUGUUUGGCAACUAAAAUGUAUAUAAUGUAAAAAAAUAUAUCACUAAGGAAAUAAAUAA